GCACCACGAGGGCCUCGCCAGGGAGCUCGGCAGGAGGCUCGAGGUAGCCUAUGGCGGCGGCGGCGCCGAGAGCGUCGACCAGCAUCGCAGCCGAGGCAAGGCGCUGCCCCGCGAGCGCAUCGCCGCCAUCGUCGACCCGGGCACGGCGUUCCUGGAGCUGUCCGCGCUCGCCGCCUACGGCAUGUACGACGGAGGUGCCCAUUCUGCUGGGAUCGUCACCGGCAUCGGUCUCGUGCACGGCCAGGAGGUCCUCUUCGUGGCCAACGACGCGACGGUGAAGGGUGGCACGUACUAUCCGCUCACGGUCAAGAAGCACCUGAGGGCGCAGCAGAUCGCGCAGGAGAAUUGCCUGCCCUGCGUCUACCUGGUGGACUCGGGCGGCGCCUUCCUGCCACUGCAGGACGAG